AUGGCCUAUUGGCGCGCACCGCUUACAGAACCAUUUCCUCUAAUUAUGUCGAAACAUUUCGACUUAUUGUUACAAAUCGGCCGACAAUACAAAUCGCGUGCAACAUUCACGUUCCAACGAGCCCGCAACAAUAUGGGCAUGCGUCGCGGGCGAGUCUUCGGGCUCCCAAUGGGGGCGGUCGGGCGGAAGAGGCAUUGGGACCCGUUGGCCUGUGCACAUUUAAUUGUGGCGCCGCGACAUGGGGAGCGGGCCCCCUACGAGUGGCAGCCC